AUGAUAUCCCGGUCUCCUCGUAUUUUGUUGGGGGGCCUGUUGAGGUCAUCUGGGGGUCUUCUCUACUGCUCUGUCCUUUUGCGUGGGACCCCUUUGGAAAAGUGGAUGACAUUUAGCACUUGUGCCUCCAAGGAUGGUAGCCUUCAUGUCACCAGCAACCAAGAAAGGGCGGCAGCAGGAAGCAGCAGUAUUCGUAAGAUCCACGUUCCUGUUCUAAUUGUUGGAGGAGGGCCUGUAGGCCUGACUAUGGCGCUGUUGUUGCAGAAAGGAGGUGUCCCUACUUUGCUAUUGGAGCAGCAGGCAGCUGCUACCUGUCUGCCCAAAGCACAUUACAUAACCAACAGAUCCAUGGAAAUUUGGCGGCAAUUAGGGCACCUAGACCAACGCGUCGAUGCGCUUUCUCCCUGCCUGAACGACUGGAGGUCAUUCAUAUACACUACCCAGUUAACUGAUGUGGGAAACAACUAUUUAGCUGCUGUCGACCAUUUCCAGGGUUUCGAAGAGAUGCAGUCUCCUGAUGGCCGCACAACCUACAAAGAGACUGCUAGCCCCUGCCGCAUGACCCAGCUGUCUCAGAACUUGCUGCUUCCUCUCUUGUACAAAGAAGCAGAGGCACGAGCCUCCAAGGAGUGGAUUGCCGACCUCCAGGGCGGCCCUAGUGGUGCAGCGAUUGCACAGGAGCACAAGGAACAGCUACACUUGGAAGGGCCUGUACAGGGGGACAGAUCAGGGUGGCCUCAACAGACAAGCAAAAAGAACCCUUGUGAUACAUCCGAGCGGCAAACAACAGGGAUAGGGCAACAACAGCAGCAAGCUCCCCUUCGCCUGCUUUUGAGUGCACGAUGGGAGGGCGCUAGCCAGGAGGACACUAGCGCCAGUUCAGGUAGCAGCGCCCCCAGUGGUCCAGUGAAAUCCGUUGUUUCUGUGGGAAACAGCAAUGGUGGUGUGUCUCUUUGGGAGAUAACCAGUGACAUUUUGAUUGGCAGCGACGGAGCGGGUUCGAGAGUGCGACAGUGGAGUGGCGCGUCCCUUGUAGGGGGCCCGCCACUCCAGCACUUCCUAAAUGUAACAUUUCAUUCUAAGGAGCUGGCUGCGGCCAUAGAGCAACAAGAUGAUUGUCUGCGGCGCAACCAUUCAAUAAACUCCAAGAAAGCCUCCGUCGGUUGCUACAAGCAAGGGGCCUAUCGGCCGGAUGAAGGCUUAGGGAGGGCCUCAUGGGGUUCUGCAAAGGGCCCUGGGUAUGAAGCUUUACGCCGAUUUAAAAACCGUGCCAUGCUGUAUUACGUUUUGGGUCCUCGGUGUAUAGGUGUCGUUGUUUGCCAUUGCUUCAAGACCGGUUUGUUUGUGGCUCACAUCCCUUUUUUCCCGCUCAGUCGUGAUGAUAAGAUGCUACAGUUGGGGACCAACGAAGAAAAAGGACAGGCCGCCCACCUAAUCGAAAACCUAGCAGGGAAACGCCUCACAGACAUUCAGAUUCAGGACGUGAGACCCUGGCAGAUGGUUGCAAAGGUAGCAUCCCAAUACUUGCCAGGAGGGCGCCUCCCACAAGCCCCAGGAAAUGAUUGUCAUCGUCGGGAAAAGCGUCUCUCCUCCCCAGGCCUGGAGACCCAGGAAAGCCUCUUGAGGGAGAACGGCGGCCCCUGGGGGCCUCUUAGGGGUCGUGUACUGCUGAUAGGAGAUGCAGCUCACUGUCUACCUCCAGCAGGCGGCCUGGGAAUGAAUUUGGGCAUUGCGGAUUGCCUGAAUGCCUCGUGGAAGAUCGCCCAAAGCUACCAUCUUCGGCAAGGUCCUUUUGCACCGCGGCAACAACAACAGCAGCAAAAGCAACAACAGCAGAAGAAAACCCAUCAACAGGCGGAUCCUGCAGGCAAGAUAUUGAGAAGCUAUGAAGAGGAACGCAGACUCGUGGCUGAGUACACCUGCGCUGUUGCUCGCAAAAAUUUCUCUUCUGGGCGGUGCAUCCCAGAAGUGCUAGGCCUGGACUGGGAUACAGCGGCAGCAGCAGCCCGGGGCCUGGUUACAGCCUCUGGCGCUGUAGCAUCUGCGAUAGCAACCGUAGCAGCUGCUGCAGGCCUCAGAGGUGUGGCAAAAACUGCAGAAGACGCAACAGCACGAAUAGCCAAGGGGGCCCUCGAAUGCCUCAUGAGCAUUGGAAGGGCGAAAGCGGCCUUUCAAAUGCAUGUGGGGCCUGUUAGAAGCAAAAUGCUUGAGACGAUCAGUGUGCUGCUAAGUAGCAAUGAGACUCAUCUGGGUUUGAGAUUCCAGGGUGUUGACAUGGGUUACGCUUACACUAAAUCAGCCCUUAUGAGGGGAGACAAGGGCGGGCCACCUACGUUGAAGGUUUCGGAGUCCCCCUGGCGGUUGGUUCCGACUUCAUGGUUUGGCGCCCGCUUGCCUCAUGCUCCAGUGAAGGCUGUUCUUCACCACAGCGAAAAUGGCCCCCCAUCAGUCUACGCGUUGUCAACGGUGGAUCUGCCGGCGCUUGCAGUUCCGUCAUGCAGUUACUGUCUCCUUCUGCUUUCGGAACUUCACGAAAGCCGUAUCCUUGCUGGGCUAAGUAAGUGGAGACAGAAGCAGAGGGCAGCAGCACAGGAAUGUGCGCGAGUAUCGCGUCCUCGUUAUGCCGCAUCAGACUUCGUUUUCGGCAUCUCCUGGAUAGCAGAACCUGUUGGUGAGGUUGCGCCACCGCCUGAUUGGAUUCCUGGCCCCUUGGAACCUUUGAAACUAAAGCCGGACGCCCUUGCUGUGCUAGGAGCAGGGCCCCCCAGUGCUCGCCUCCCACUUGGCUGGAGGCGCGUUACAAGCCGACCGGAUGUGAAAAGCGCAUUCGCUUUGACUGUACUCUCAACAGAAGCACAACGGACUAUCCAACCAGAAGAUCUUCUGUUGCUCGUGAGGCCGGAUGGCCACAUCGCAGCUAUAUGGAAUGCACGCUCAGUUGAGGAGGAGGUACUGUUCAGCUCUCUGGAUAGGCUUUUUUGA